AUGACUACUGGAAGUUUGAAGCAAGCGGCCGAGUCGGCCAGGUCCAAGACGACCGAAGUCAUUGGUGCCGCCAAAACAAGCACCGCCGCUGUGGCUACUGGCUUCAUUCAGACUCCGUUUGCCCGAGCCGCACUGCCGUUCAUCAAUGGAGGUAUCAGUGGUAUGGUCGCCACGACCGUCAUCCAGCCCGUCGACAUGGUCAAGGUCCGCAUCCAGCUUGCUGGCGAGGGGGUAUCAGGCGGACCCAAGCCUACCGCCUUGUCGGUCACUCGACAGAUCGUCGGCAGCGGGAAGGUCCUUGACCUGUACACGGGUCUGUCUGCGGGCCUGCUGCGCCAGGCAGUAUACACCACCGCCCGCUUGGGCUUCUUCGAUACCUUCAUGGCUAAGCUGACGGCCCGGGCCAAGGAGCAAGGUCGCCAGAUCGGGUUUUCCGAUCGAGCCACUGCAGGUCUCUCGGCAGGUGGCAUCGCAGCCAUGAUCGGGAACCCUGCAGACCUGGCCUUGAUCCGCAUGCAGAGCGACGGCCUCAAGCCGCUCGCGGAGAGAAAGAACUACAAGUCAGUCAUCGAUGCCCUGGGAUCCAUUGCCAGGUCCGAGGGAGUAGCUGCUCUGUGGGCUGGCGCCGCACCCACCAUCGCGCGUGCCAUGGCUCUCAAUUUUGGCCAGCUCGCCUUCUUCAGCGAAGCCAAGGUGCAGUUGAAGAACAGCGGCCUCUCCUCCCAAGCCCAGACCCUCAGCGCGAGUGCGAUCGCUGGCUUCUUUGCCAGCUUCUUCAGUCUGCCAUUUGACUUUGUCAAGACCCGUCUCCAGAAGCAGACGAAGGGUCCCGACGGCAAGCUCCCUUACCGUGGCAUGGUUGACUGCUUCGCCAAAGUUGCCCGUCAAGAAGGUGCCCUGCGAUUCUACCGUGGCUUCGGUACCUACUAUAUCCGAAUUGCCCCUCAUGCGAUGGUCACCCUGAUCGUUGCCGAUUACCUUGGAUGGAUCACCAAGUAA